AUGUCCCCUCGUCCAGAGUCUACUGAAAUUGCAUCCAUGUACAUAAAUCCGGUAAACGAGGAGCAUUCGCACGCGCAGUUGAACGAGAAGGUUGAUGAGCAUGGCGACAAGCAGCAUGGUGUGCAAGUCAAUGAGGGAUCGGGUGAGCAGGGUAACGGGCAGGUCGAUGAACACGUUGACGAGCAGCUUGGUCAGCAUAUCGACGACCAGGCCAACAAUCAGGGUAACAAACAACCCGACUCCCAAGCCAAGAAUUCUGUAUCAACGAGCAAGGAGACCGCAUAUGGCGAGUAUGCAACUAUCCCAGACGUUGCCAUCAACGGCAACAACGAGACCGGUUCCAACACAUGUCCCUUGAAUGGCCUUCUUCCCGAGGUCUAUGAUUGCAAGCACGACACUCGACAUUGCUUCGCCUGCAGUCGUCCCAGAGACGUGCGUAAUAAGAGGACGCUCACGGACAUCAAAAAAUUCCACUGGUGCGCGCAGUGUGGCACUAUCAGGUCCCAUAAAUUCCAUGAGCAUUACCCCUCCGGAACGGAGGUCCCUCCUCGUCACCAGCUGUGCCAUCCAUGCUGCAAGUGGGCUAAGCUACCUCACAAGAGUGAAUUUGCCAUUUAUGCCCCAGCUAAAGUGGACGAUGACGCUAGCAACAAUAGCAAGAAGCGAGAAAGUGGUGAUGAAAAGGACCAUGCCGGAAAUUCCCUGAAUCGCCUCAAAGACAUCAGACCAGCUGACGAUGGCCCUCGAGAUGGCCCAGCUGUGGUCGAACCCAUGCCUUCCAACACGCAAGCUCAGGAAAUGCAAUACCUGAAAGCUUCGGCACCUGUCGUUAGCUCUGAUCCAGGUCAUCAGCAUCAUCUUUCGAAGUCUCAUGCCAUGACCGAAAGUUUGGUGUCACGGCCCGUAGCUGAAAGCUCAUCUCAGGGUCAAAUCCUGAGGCCUGUCGCUUAUUCUGCACCUGGAAAGCACGAUCCUUCUAGUCGCUUAGACGUCUACUAUUCACAGUCAUGGCAGAUCCCAGUUGACGAUAGUCCUCCUCCUCAACGCAAGAGGUCUACUGCCACCUAUAGCUACGAUCAAGUUAACGAGGGCCAGCUCCACGAGAAUCUCCAUGUGAACUAUCAUGAGAUCCUUGGCCAAGAGGACAUUUGCAACCGUCAAGCCAAGCACCAUCGUGGCACCCAUGAAAUCAGCUUGCCAGAGAUUUUGCUCACAGUUCCCACUGGGGACGUUCAUAUAACGCAGCAAACCGUGUUUUCGGAUGAGAAAUGCCCUGGAAGCCCGCUCCACGAUCACCUUUCUCAGUUCUCUUGGAAAGAUGGUAAUGCGCGUUAUCAUUCAGAGUAUCAGCGUCAACCAUCAAUGCAAUCACAAGCAAGCAAUCAGACUGUGCACCCCUCGGACAAUAACUUCACAUCCUACCGCAACAAAGAGAACUACCCGAAUUACCCUCCUCAACAUACUACUCCUAGACAAUUCCAUUGGCCGACUGGGCGGGGAGAGGUGGACAACAACCAGCCCAAAGGGCUCUCCGACAUGUUCUACGAAACAGCUGAGGGCAAGCGCGCCGAUGCCUUCUUUGCCUCCAUGAGUAGCUGGUCAGAGCCUGAUUCCAAGUUGACACCGCGGAAUGGAUCGACAGACAACUACAACACAUGGCCUCCCGGCUCAUACAAUAUGACGGAGCCGGCGGCCUACGAGUACUUAGAGAAACGUCGGUCUAAGAGAGCAAGUGUCAUUCCCGGAUCGCCUCCCCAUGGCCACGUGCGCAAUGUCAGCGACUCCUUGUCAGUCGAAACGGUCGGUGUGUGGCAGGGCGUCACUCCAGGAGCGCCUAAAGCGGAGGUUGCAGAGCCGGAAUCUCCAGCUGGUGAAGAGGUGAGUCAAGUUGCUUUUCGCAUGCGUCAUUCCCGCAGAAACGGAACAAAGGAAGACAGUGGCUCGUCUGCGUUGAAUUUAUAG